GGAUAAUCCAUCAGUCACCUAGGACUCACCAGCAGGUCACCUAGCCUUCUGAAUCAAGUCCUAACUUCGUCCUUCGCCUUCUCAGCCUACUAUUGCAUCUAGAGGCUCAUCCUCACUCCGCUAGGGGUUGCAUAAGCUGCUGAUUGAUGUGACGAAUCGACGUCGCUCGGCUGAGUCACAAUGAAGGCGUUUUCGCUAGCGAAGAAGAAAACCCCGUUUCAGAAGCAUCGCGACGAGGAGGCGAAGAAACGGCGAGAAGCGGAGGAGGCGGCGCGAGUCUACGAUGAAUUCGUCGAAUCCUUUAAAGUGGACGAUAAGAAGCCGAAGGCGUUUGUCCGAGGCGGAACCAUCAACCCCAACGCCAAGCACGACACGCCUGGUGAAGGUACAGUUGCUUAGUUAAGCACCUCUCUUAGUGGGAAGAAUGUUCCCCUUGUGCGGUUUUUACUUCCUUACGAGUAGUUCUUUUCGCGAGCUUUUAUGCAUUUUCUCGCGUCUUGGCCUGCGGCCAGCCGGCGAUUUGUUUCCGUCACUGUUUUCGUCUCCGUAACCCUUCGCUUUGUCUUCGCGGGAUCUGCUGAUUCUAGAGAUGGCUCUACGGCAUGUUGUGUCGCGUCAGGCUGUGACAGACUCGUUUUAGAGGGAUUCGUCUCAAUUAAUAGGCUGUGAUGUACCCAUUUAUGCUGAACAUAUCUCCUUUGCAGAAUCUGGAAGCGCUUCCAAAAAGGCCACCGCGAGGUGAGGCCUUCCGCCUCCUCCUGUCCGUCCGACAUUCCUCUUCCCUCGGCGUAUCAUAUCGUAUCAGAUCUCAGAUCGGAGAUGCCUGGGAAAGUUUCAGGGUGAUGCGAUUUCGGCUGGCAGGCCGAGAAUCCCCCAGAACUGUUAUCCCAGAAUGCCAUUUCGCGUCAGAUUGUCUUUUCUUUUUAUUCUUCGUCUGGGUGAAGGGACAGCGGCUGCCGGGUGUGAUUGAAUGUGUGAUAAGGUCUGGUGGGUAAUUUUCAAGCGGGGUUUUGGUGACCAUUGGUUGGAAUGGUUUGAAUGGCUUUGUGGCUUGCCCCGCACAGUUUUCCCUUUCCCCCAAAUGGCUAUUGGGCUGCCGAUUUCCCGUAUCUCCCCUUUUCCCCAACCCGCGUUUCCCCCCUCCCUUCCCCUUGUUGUCUUCUCCACUGCCUGCUUCUUUCUUUCCGGUCUCUUUUCGUGUCCUGGUCUUUCCGUGUCCUGGUCUUUCGUGUCCUCGUAUAUGGCAGGUAUGUUCCGUCCUUCCUGCCACCUCCGUCCCAAAGCCCGCUUGCGGGAGUCAAGGAAAAGGACAAGAAUGCGUUUGGUCUGGAAGAGCCGGAAAAGCCAGCAGAGCCCAUCCCCAAGGCGAAGGAGCAGAAGAAGCCGCGGAACAUCGAUUUCUUCAUGGAGGAGCUCAAGCGAGAGCAGGAGCUGCGAGAGCAGCGGGAGAAGGAGCUCAAGGAGCGAGCGGAGGCCAGGGCGGCAGGGCGGCCGUUUGGCACCGAGGGGCAGCCGUCGCUGCUGGGGGGUGAGGGCACGGAUCAGCUGCAGCCGUUUCCUGACGGGGUUCGGAGGAGGCCGUCAAAGUUUGACUCAGGGCCACCUCUCAUGGCCACCCCUCUGGGCAUCACAACCGUCUCUACUGACGAUGGGGGCGACCCCCUCACCACCAACCUCUAUGUCGGCAACCUGUCCCCCAAGGUGGAUGAGAACUUUCUUCUGAGGACCUUUGGUAGAUUUGGCCCCAUAGCCAGUGUGAAGAUCAUGUGGCCGCGCACCGAGGAGGAGCACCGGCGGCAGCGCAACUGCGGGUUCGUGGCGUUCAUGAAGCGAGCUGAUGCUGCCAAGGCGAAGAACGAGAUGGACUGCGUGGUGGUAUACGAAUAUGAGAUCCGAAUCGGGUGGGGCAAGGCGGUCUCUCUGCCCGCGUCGGCCCUCCCUGCGCCUCCCCCCGGCCAGAUGGCCGUGCGCCCCAAGGAACUGCCGCCCAACUCAGGGGAGGCCGUUGCUGCCAAUAGCGCUGUUAUUGCCAAUAGUGCUGAUCCCCUUGCUGCUGCUGCUGCCGCUGCUGCGGCUGCGGCUGCCGCGAUUAACAUGGCGAGCCUGGGAGCAGAGAACGCAGAAGUGAUCAUCACGCCCAACGUGGCAGACAUCCAGAUCGUCCCCCCCAAGGAUCCACAUCAGCGCCACGUCAUCGACACGCUGGCGCUCUAUGUGCUGGACGAUGGGUGCAUGCUGGAGCAGGCAAUCAUGGAGCGAGGCAGGGGGAACCCCCUCUUUUCCUUCUUGUUCGACCUUGGAUCGCCAGAGCACACCUACUACGUGUGGCGGGUCUUCUCCUUCGCCCAGGGAGACACCCUACAACGUUGGCGCACGGACCCCUAUAUCAUGAUCACCGGCAGCGGCAGGUGGAUUCCGCCCCCUCUGCCCAAGACAGACGAGCUCGUGGGACCCACAAUACUGGAUAAGGACAAGGGCGGGUCGACCUAUGCUGCAGGCAAACCCAAGGAGCACUCGCUGACUGAGAAGCAGAGGGACAAGUUCGAAGACAUGCUACGGCGCCUUACCUUAGAGAGGGAGGACAUCUGCAGCGCCAUGGCGUUUGCCCUGGACCACGCAGAGGCAGCAACGGACGUGGUUGAGGUGCUCAUCGAGUCUCUCACCCUCCUCGAAACGCCCAUCCCCCUUAAAGUCGCGCGCCUGAUGCUUGUAUCGGAUAUACUCCACAACUCAUCCGCCCCAGUGCGAAACGCCUCGGCAUACCGGACGGCUUUCCAGGGGUAUUUACCCGACGUAAUGGAGAGUUUUAACGACUGCCUGAGUGCGGUUUCGGGCAGAAUGACGGCCGAAGCGCUGAAGGAUCGGGUGAUGAAGGUGCUGCAGGUUUGGGCCGACUGGUUUUUGUUCUCCGAGGCGUAUCUCAACGGGCUUAGGAUGACGUUUCUGAGGCCAAUAGGGACGGCGGUGCCGCCGUUUCAUACUUUGCCUGAGGAUGAGGAGGAGGAGGAGCAAGCAGGGGUAGGGGCUGGGACUGGGGGCUCGCAGGAUGCUAGUAAAGGGGGUAAUGCUGCUGCUGCUGCUGCUGCUGCUGCUGCUGCAGGUGCUGGUGCUGAAACUGCUGGUGCUGCUGCAGCAGAAGGGGCGGAAGCAGCAGCAGCAGCAGCAGCAGCAGCAGCAGCAACGGAGGGAGACGCAGCAGCAGAUUCUACUGCACCUGUUUCUGCAGAGGACGCAGCACGAAAGGAGCUCCUAGCUCUUCCAUUGGUGGAGCUCAAGCGGCGCUGCAAGCACAACGGCUUAUCAACCCGAGGGGGGGUGCUUAUCAUGGUAGAUCGCCUGCUCUCCCUGGAUGCGGCUGAUAAGGCGAAAAAGGCAGCAGAGGCAGAGGCAGCUGCAGCGGCUGCUGCUGCGGCAGCGGCAGCAGCAGAGGCGAGGAGGGCGAGUAUUGCGAGAAGGAUGGAAGGGAGUGUGGGGUGGUCUGGCUGGGUGGAGGUGAAAAAGGGAGGAGAGGAGGAGAAGGAGGAGAACAGAGGCGAUGGUGAUGGUGCUGGUGCUGGGGGCGGUGGUGCUUUGCCGAAGAAAUUUGUCCUGCCUACUCCGGAGCUUAAAGCCUUUGGAUCGAAACUAGAGAAGCUUGAGAAGCUCGGGCCUCUGCUCAAGUCUGUUAAGCUAAAGCUAGAGAAAAAAGCGGUUAUUUUGCCGCAGUCUAAGUGGAAUAAGGAUGAGGACGAGGAGGAAGAGGAGGAGGGGGAAGGAAAGGGAGAGGAAGAAGGGCAUGGGGAUGAGGAGGGGGGGGAUGAGAGAGGGGCGAAGAAGGGGAAGAGGAGGAGGGAAUCGGUGGGAGUGACUGACGAAGAUGGUGCUGCUGCUAGAGUUAAGCACGGAACUUCAUCCCCGUUUCAAGCAGCCUCGAUUGUAGCGGCAUACAACUCUUCAGGUGAUGAGGAAGAAGACUCACCACCCCGGCGCACCUCCGCCGCUCACCGGAACUCCAUCUCUUCUGGGGGGGGCGGUAUCCAGGGAAGGCAGAUGCACGCUCAGGAGCAGGAGCAGGAGGAGGAGAGGAGGGUGCGGCAGAGGAAGCUGGAACUAGCGGUGUUGGAGUAUCGAGACGCUUUGGAGGCUCAGAAUCUUAAGGCGAUUGAGGUGGAUGUGAAGGUUGCAGCGCACAGGAGGAAGCUCGAAGAGGAAAUGGCUGCCGGCACGUGGCCGCCUAUGAUUGGCCGGUCGACCUCGGGCGGGCGGCAUGCGGCGGCUGCAUAUGGGGCAGCGCUUGGGACUCCGGGUACGCGAUUGUUGCGUGCUUGUUACAUCUGUUUUUUCCCCUUCGUUUUUGUGUAUUUCUGUUGCGAGCGUUGUUGGUUGGCUGUUAUGUGCUCGAAUCUUUUCGCUUUCCUUCCUAACCGCCCUUGACUCUCCCUUCAACCCACCACCAUUACCGGAACCCCUCAUCCCCCUCCUGCAAUCAUGCCCGCUACAAUCACCCCUGCUGCAAUCACCUCGCUACAACCCCCCGUGCUCCUGAUACCACCUGUCACGGUAAGCAGGGCGGAGAAGGGAGGAGGUGGGGGUGGCAGCAGGGUGGGAGGAAAAAGAGGAGGGAAGUGAAGGAAGCAGAAGGCAGGUGUCCUCCUCUCAGCACCGGGAGCAUGAGAGUUCAAAGGAGAGACGGGGCCGCGACAGGAGCAGGAGCAGAAGCAGGAGCAGGAGCAGGAGCAGGGAGAGGGAGAGGGAGCGGGAUAGGGCGAGGGAACGAGGUAGGGAGUGGGAGAGAGGGCGAGGGAAGGAGGAGAGAGAGGAGAGGGAGAAGAGUGGGGAAGGGCGGGAUUCAGGUAGUGAUGAGGGUGGUACGUCACAGGAUAGGGAGAAGGGAAAGGGGAGGGACGAGAAGGAUAGAAACGAUAAGGAAAAGGAGAGGGACAAAGAUAGGGAAAGGGAGAAGGAUAGGGAACGAGACAGGGAGAUAGCCAGGAAGAGGGAUAAGGGGAAGGAUAGGGAGAGAGACAGGGAGUCAAAAGAGAAGGAUCGUGGUGAGAGGGAUAGUGAGAAGGAUAGUGACAGACAUAAGGAUAGAGGUAAGGAGAGGGAGAGGGAUAGGGAGAGAGGUAAGGAUAGAGACAGAGAGAAGGAAAAGGAGCGGGAGGGAGACAGGGACAGGCACAGAGAUAGAGAGAGGGAUAAGGAAAGGGAGCGAGAUAGGGAGAGAGAUAGGGAGUGUGGGAAGGACAGGGAGAGAGAAAGGGAGCGAGAGCGGGGGAAGGAUCGUGGAAGGGUGAGGGAGAGAGAUGAGGAGGAUAGAGAGAGGGAGAAGGAGAAGAGGAGCAGAAGGUGAGGGGUGUGAGAAGUUGUGAAGACAGCUUGUUUCGGGGAAUGCGGUUGAAAGAUGGGCGAGGGGCGGGAUUAGAAGGGGAAAUCUGAAGGGUGGCAAGGAGAUUGGGAGGAAUGUGGCCUGUAAGAGUAAGGGUGAAGUUUAGUGGAGAGGGUAAGGGAAAUAAUUUUGAGUCGACUCAAAAUACGUUUGGUGGAGAGGGUAAGGGGAAUAACUAGGGGUACUCUCUGGAUUAACCGCUGAAAGUGUUCUUGGUAGUUCCAAUAUUUACAGCUUUUUUUUUUCUGUCUCAGAAUAAUUUACCAUCUUCAUG